AUGGCGCCGCCACAACCCUCCGUUACGAUGACACCGUUGCCUCCGACGGUUGGCUGGUCCGCGUCUGGCAUCGUCGCCGCCGUGCUCGCCCGCCUCAUCCGCAAGGGCCUCGAGCUGCUGGCCGAGCUCGAUGACGCCGCCGCGGGCCACCUGCGCCGCCUCGAGGGCCUGCUCCCGUCCGUGUGGCGCGUGCUCGACGCAGCUGACGCGGGCGCCGUUGACCUGGGCGGGCGACCCCUGCAGGACCUGUUCGACGCCGCCUACGCCGCGGACGACGCCCUGGAUGACAUCGAGUGCGCCGCCGCCGUGGACGUGGCGGGAGACGACGGCGUGGGCGCCGAGGCGCGCCCGGCGGGCACCGCCGUCGCGCAGAAGCCGCGCAGCCCGCUCAGGUUCUUGCUCUGCUUCAGCCCGCCAAGAACCGCAGGCCGUGCCAGCAGCAGUGGCAGCGGGCAUCGGAAAAGCACCAGGGCGAAGACGAGCAGCAUUGAUCUGGACCCGUUCCGAGACGCGCUUGGGGUGAUGGCGCAAGCUGCUUACAGGUGCGCCUCGGCGUACGAGAACGUCGCGCCGGAGAAGAACUACGCCACGAUCUCCUCUGUUUGGCGAACAGAGGACGCCGCCGCGGGGGAGACCGAACAAGACGACAUCUUCGGGAGAGAAGCCGAGGUGGAGCAGAUCCUGCAGAACGUGAGGUUCAGCGACGACCCGCACUACCGCCUCGGCGUCGGCGUCCUCCCCGUCACCGGGGACUCCGGGGUCGGCAAGACGGCGCUCGUGCACUUCGUCUUCGACCACGAGGUCAGCAAGGCCGAGUUCCCGGUGCGGAUGUGGGUGCACGUCUCUGGCCCGUUCCGGCUAAGGAAGCAGCUCAUGGAUCAGAUGAUCCACGCAGCUGCCGGCGGCCAGGACCGUGAAGCCGAGGACGCCAGGGAACUUCUGCACAAGGAAUUGGCAGGGAAGAGGUUCCUGCUCGUGCUUGAUGGCGUCACCGACGUCGUCGACAAGCAGUGGGGAGAUCUACUGGAGGUGCUGCAACCGGCGGCUAGGAGGAGCUUGAUCAUGGUGACAACUGAAUCAGAAACUGUUGCAACAGCAGUAGGCACAAUGCCGAUGUUAGCCCUGGGCCCUCUGGGAUCCGAUGAUUACCUGAAAAUGUUCAAGCAUUUCGCAUUUGGCAGGGCAGAUGACACCGAAGAAUGCACUCUGUUGGGAGACGACUGGGACGAUGUCGUAGAGGAUGAAGAGGAGCUGUCACCGAUGGAGAAAAUUGCAUCAGAGUUAGCAAAGAGGAUGGUCAGCCUGCCGCUGUCGGCGCGGGCACUUGGGCGGGCGCUGUGCUUCCGGCAGGAUGAUGAAGACCACUGGAGAAACGUGCUGGAAGACAAGCUGUGGGAGAGCCAAGAUUUCUGUGGGAUUUCACCGGCAUUGUGGCUGAGCUACCGUCACCUUGACCCCCGCCUCAAGCAGUGUUUCGCAUAUUGUGCAGUGCUCCCUGGCGACCAUGUCUUCAGAAAGGAAGAACUGGUUAGCAUGUGGGUAUCACAGGGACUGAUAUACUCUGAUCGUGCCACAACGAGUCUGGAGGACACCGGUGGUGAGUUCUUUGAUGAGUUGGUUCAAAGAUGCUUCAUUCAACCUCUUCCAAGUAAAAGAUUUGUAAUGCACAAGUCGAUGCUACACCUAGCACGAGCAGUGGCAAUGAGCCGGUUCUUCAUGAUCACAGAUGAAAGCUCAGGAGAUAUCCCACAGGAGGUUCGUCACCUGACGAUCAGGACAAGUAACCUGUCUAAGCUGAAGAGUGAUUUGGCUUUGCAGACUUGGUCAUCCCCUGAUCACCAUUUCCUGUACCAAGUUCGGACAAUUCUACUAUUCACAGGAGAUGUCAGCGAGUCAGAUGAGUUUCUGGAUGUUCUAGCUCAUAUCUUCUCCAUGGCAAAGAGUGUGAGAGUCCUUGUCCUCUCAUGCGAAAACAUAACUUGUUUGCCUCCAGAGAUCAGCCAGCUCAGGCACCUCCGCUAUCUCAAUUUGUCAGGAAACAAAAUAAUUGACCUUCAAGAGACACUAUGCCAGCUUUACAACCUACAAGUCCUGGAUGUCCGCAGCAAUUCUCCUUCUUUGCAUCCUCCCGAUGGCAUCACAAGUUUGAUUAACCUGAGGCAUCUGUAUGCAAGUGAGUCGUUCCUUUCAAGCAUAAGUGACAUACAUGGUCUCUCAAAUUUGCAACAACUGGAUGUAUUCCAUGUUGGUGGUAGCAUGCACAUCGACGCCUUGCGACGGAUGACUCAACUGCGAGGAAAACUUCAUGUUGGGGAUCUCCGUCAGAUUGACAUCAGUGUGCUCAGCAAGGGCAUCCUGAAGGGAAUGCAGGACCUGAAUGAACUACAGCUGUCAUGGAGUAGCUGUGAUGGCCAAAGCAAAGAGAUGUCCAAGGACGAAGAAGUACUUGAGUGCUUGCAACCACACGACAAUCUAUGGUUACUGAGAAUUAUGGGGUAUGGAGGCAUCAAAUUCCCAUCAUGGAUGAUGAAGACAUCUGGUUCUCUGUUGAAUGUGACAUCGAUGUACUUAACUGACUGCACAAACUGUAAGACCCUGCCUCCCUUGCAUCUCCUGCCCAGCCUUGAGGUUCUUCAGAUCAGCAGGAUGCAUUCUGUCACCAAAGUGAGCACUGUUCCCCAACGAUCAGAUCAAGAAUUGUUUCCGAAGCUCAAGAGGCUUGUUAUUGAAACCGCACCACAUUGCAUAGAGUGGUCAACAGGCAACUCAAAAUCAAGAAGGAUGGCAUUUCCAUAUCUUUGUGAGCUCGAGAUAAGGAACUGCCCAAAGCUGACCAUCUUUCCUGAUCUUCCCCUUUCACUGACAGUCAUGAUCGUCGAGAAUGUUGGUUUCGAGACGCUGCCAAGAAUUCAUGAUAAGCAACCAUCAACAGAAGAAGCCUUGGAAGCAACAUCAAAAGAAGGCAGGUGGACAUCAAGGCUUACCACAUUACGUGUUCAUGAGUGUCACAGGCUGAGGUCUCUAGGCACUAGCCUGCUUCAGCAGCAGCACCUCCUAAAGUCCCUUCAGUUGCUGUCAAUCAAGAACUGUAAUAGCGUCAUCUGCGACAUCCCUGAUGGGUUCAAAGAUCUUACUGAACUGAGGGACAUCUCUCUGUAUGACUGCCCCAAGAUGGUUGUCGUCAAGUUCCACACCUCGGUGCGAACGGUGGAGAUCAGUGAGUGCUUCGUUGCACAAGGUGGAUGGGCAGAUGAGGAUCCAUUCCUCUUCUCGGUUUGGAACCUGAAAAUAACUGGGUGCUCCCACGUAAGCAACGAUCAGGUCAGCAAGAUAGAGCAUAUGGACUGGUUGAGCUCCCUUCUCAAUGUGUACAAUCUUCACCUGGAGAACACAGUGCUUCUAAGAUUGUACAUGUUCGACCAGCUCUCUUCUCUUGAGAUCCUAGAGAUUGAUGGAUGUGAUGCAUUCUGUGACGAUUUAUCUGACUUUUCUUGGCUUGAGAAGCUACAGGUCCUUAGCAUUAGGAACUGUAGGGAAAUGAGUGGGCUUCCGGAGAACUUAUGCACGCUUCCUGCAUUGGAAGAGCUGUGUGUUCAGAACUGUCCAGCUAUUGAGGGAUUGCCAGUGAACGGCCUGCCAACAUCUCUGAAAAGACUUUCAAUCUGUAACUGCGGUCCUCAGCUGACAGAGCGGUGUCUUGAUGAUGAACUUGAUGGGCCAAAGAUUGCACUGAUUGGUGCAGUUUAUAUUGAUGGGAAAUGCAUUCAGGCAAAAUGA